GAAAACAAAUUUCAAGGGCAUCGUUUUUUGUAUACGUGUUUGCUUAUUUUGAGAAUUAUCUAAUAAUCGUUUAGGUGACUGUUUUAUCAAUCUUGUUAACCAUAUUGUAGAAAUCAAAGUUCUAUCGACGGUUCACGUAAUGUCGAGUCCUAAGGAAACGGAGUGCCAUUUAAAAGCUGGUCAUCUUCCAGCAGUAAAAGCUGGCGGAAUGCGAAUUACGCAGCACAAAUCGCCCAAGGAACCUGUCGGUUUGACUGAAGAUACGACCGGCCUGAAGGUUUCUGGCAGUCCUCCGAAACCAUCAACAAUUUCGGGAGCAAUUCCGAAAGGUAAUGCUGAUUUUCCUGCAGAAGCGGUACAGGUGUUUCAUAAAGAUAAACCUCCUGUCCACCAUAAUGUAAAAACUCCCAUUAACAUUCAACAACCCAGGAAAUAGAUUUCAUUCGAGUCAACUUUGUACGACUGAUCACAUUUAGGUAUAGCAUUUGAAACAAGCAUUUACAAUAUUUCUAAUUUUAAACAAAAAAAACAUGGUUGUGUCUAUAUCAGUGUUUUGUGUUAUUGUUUUAUUUUUUAUCAAAUUCUUGCUUUAAUUUUAAUGUUUAAAAACGAGGAAGUGGUUUGCCGUUUAGGUGUUUUUAUGCUUGGGAUUUUUCGCAUUUUUUUGCCAAUGUAAAUAAUAGUUUGAAGGGUUAGUCUGUUGCUCAUAGUUUAUUAUUAGUAUUAUCGGUAGGGCAACUGCGCCGGUAAUUGCUAAAAAAAAGCUAUAUUUUAUAGGAGUACUUAGGUAGUGUUUGUUACAAACAAUACAGUUUAUACAUUACUAACAGUGUUACUUUUUUAAUGUUUAACGAUAGUUAUUGUAAUCAUUCCAUUUUAAUUUUUCAUUCUGCAAAGUAAUUUCCGUACCUUUACUUUUAUAAAAAUCCUGGAGGAAUACAUUUUAUUGUUAUACUUUUUUUAAAAUAAAUAGAUUAGUAAUUGA